AUGAUGCAACUUGGGUGGACCGCAAGCGUUUUUAUGGCACUGCUAACUUUUGCCAACCACGCCGAUUGUUUUGUAACUAUCAUACCCGUAAUAAAUAGAAUGGAAUGUAAGUUUGACGAACGGUUCGUUAACCUGACGUGCAGCUUGACCGAACCAAACUCCGCCACGAAUCAAAGUGUUUCUCUGGACGUCGAAGUGGUUCGAGAAGUGAGAGAAGUAAAGCUAACUGUCGCCUAUUAUACCGUCACAGGAGGUACGGUAAAUCGCAUUCUUCAGCGAACAGUCGACUUGUGUAGUUACGUGAGGCGCCCAGGCAUCGACCGCCUGGUUAAAGUGAUUUACGAUCAUAUGCAACUUAACAAUCGCUUCGUUACUGGAUGUCCGAUAGCCGAGAAUGAAAAAUUUCAUCUACACAACAUACGUCCGUCCGCUAUACGUGUACCGGACUUUCUGCCCGAGAGCAAUUUCAUCUUCGAAACAUCCUACUACACGGGCGUAUUGUUUGAACCAGUCGUUGAGGUACGCUACUACGGAAGAUUGACACGUGUCGCGAACGAUCUACCAAACUACAGCAGUAUAACACCGGGCGCCUAG